GGCAGAGAGCACACUAUGCUGGAAGCUCAUUCUCUGGGUUUGGACACUAGCAAGUUUGUUCCUGACUCCCCGGCUGCACAAACAGCUUUUGAUGCAGCUAUGAAAGGCAUGAACUUCUACAGUCAGCUCCAGGCGGAGGACGGUAGCUGGGUGGGGGACUUUGGCGGACCCCUCUUAUUUAUGCCAGGUCUUCUUGUUGUGUGUCAUGUGACUAAGAUCCAGCUGCCGCAGCCCUGGAAGAAGGAGAUGGUGAGGUACCUUCGCUCUGUCCAGCUGUCGGAUGGAGGUUGGGGACUACAUAUUGAAGAUAAAUCUACAGUGUUGGGAACAGCACUGAACUACAUCACAAUGAGGAUCCUGGGAGUGAAUCCUAAUGACCCAGAUCUGGUCCGUGCUCGGAACAACCUGCACAAAAAAGGUGGUGCCGUCGGGAUUCCAACAUGGGGCAGGUUCUUGUUGGCUGUUUUAAAUGUCUACAGCUGGGAUGGAUUUAAUUCAUUAUUUCCAGAGCUGUGGCUGCUUCCCAGUUGGAUGCCAGCCCACCCCUCAUCCUUGUGGUGCUACCUGAGGCAUGUCUACCUGCCUAUGAGUUACUGUUACGCUGUCAGACUGACUGCAAAGGAAGACCCUCUGAUUCUCAGCCUCAGACAGGAGCUUUACGUCCAGGACUAUGCCACCAUUAACUGGCCCGCUCAGAAGAACAAUGUGGCAGCAUGUGACCUGACUGUACCUCGUAGCAAACUGCUGGAGUUCAUCUACAUGGUGUUGAAUGUCUAUGAAGGCUACCAUAGCACCACCCUGAGAGAAAUGGCUCUGAAAACGAUGUACGAGCACAUCAAGGGUCAUGACCGCCUCACCACUUAUUUGAACAUUGGAGCGAUCCCCAAGACCUUGAGCAUGUUGGUUCACUGGUAUGUGGACGGCCCUUCUUCUCCAGGGUUUCAGGGCCAUGUGUCCACUAUCCCCGACUACAUCUGGAUGGGGUUGGAUGGCAUGAAAAUGCAGUCGACCAACGGAUGUCAACUUUGGGAAACAAGUUUCAUUAUUCAGGCUUUUCUUGAGGCUGGAGCUCAGGAUGACCCCAAACUAUCUGACUGUCUUUGUAAGAGCCAUCACUUUCUCACAAUCACACAGAUAGACGAGAACGCUCCUGAUUACGAGAAAUACUACAGGCAUAUGAACAAGGGAGGCUUUCCUUUUACAAAUCGUCACUUUAACUGGAUUGUGUCAGACUGCACAGCAGAAGGUCUGAAGUCACUGAUGCAGCUGGAGAAGCUCUGUCCCUUCAUCAGACAGCGUGUCAGCUCUGAACGUCUGUUUGAUGCUGUCAAUGUGAUGCUGAGCAUGAGAAACAAAGAUGGCGGAUUCGCCACACAUGAAAUUACAAGAGGAGGAGAAUUCCUGGAAUGGCUCAACCCUUGUGAGAUAUUUGAUAACGUCAUGAUAGACCAUACAUUCGUGGAGUGUACCUCAUCAGUGAUGCAGGCUUUGAAGCUCUUCCAGAAGGCCUAUCCUGAUCACCGCACCCAAGAAAUAGGAUCCACUCUGAGAGAAGGUCUGGAGUUCUGCAGGAGGGUGCAGAGACCUGAUGGAUCCUGGGAAGGGUCCUGGGGAGUGUGUUUCACGUAUGGAACCUGGUUUGGCCUCGAAGCCUUCGCCUGCAUGGAUCACACUUAUGAGAACGAGGAGGUGCCUAACGAGGUGCAGAAGGCUUGUCGGUUCCUGUUGGACCGGCAGAUGUCAGACGGAGGCUGGGGGGAGGACUUUGAGUCGUGUGAGCUGCGGCGCUACGUCCAGAGCAGCACUGCUCAGAUCCACAACACCUGCUGGGCUUUGCUAGGACUCAUGGCUGUCAGACAUCCUGACCAGCUGGCCAUUGAGAGAGGAGUUCAGUUUCUGAUCGAAAAGCAGCUGCUCAAUGGAGACUGGCCAAAGGGAUACAGUGAAGGUUUAUUCUGCAAGACUUGUGUCCUCACCUACAGUACGUACAAAAACGCCUUUCCGAUCUGGACCCUCGGACGCUUCUUGAGGCUCUACCCAAGCAGUCCAUUGGCUGGAAUACUGAAGCCAUGA